CCGUGUCCCCUACUGCCCAGUUCGCCAUACCUAUUUCUUUCGUCCCUUGAUUGCCUCAUAAGCCGAUCGUGAGGCCAGGUUCUGGAGCCGCAACUUGACUGUUCACACCGGUUUCUUUUUUAUCAUGGAGAAUCCUGACGUCGAGGCUGUGCGUGAGAGGGAGUAUCCUCAUAUGAACAACGGAACGUAUUUAGAUCACGGUGGGGCCACGAUAUAUACGAAGUCUGCGGUAGAGGCAUUCACACGAAAGAUGGUAACUAACUUAUACGGAAACCCACACUCAGAAAACUCGCCUGCCAAACUAUCAGGCAACGUCGUCGAUGAAGUCAGGGAAAAGACGCUACACUUCCUCGGCGCAGAUCCCGAACACUACGAUCUCGUCUUUGUGGCCAAUGCCACGGCAGCCAUCAAGCUCGUUGCAGACUCCUUCAGCGACCUGGCCGAGAAGUCGAGGACGAGAAGAUUCUGGUACGGUUAUCAUUAUGAUGCGCAUACAAGUCUGGUCGGGGUACGGGAGUUGGCGCGGUCGUAUUGUUUUGAGAGUGAUGGAGACGUCGAGGCGUGGCUCGAUUUCCCUAGGGUGUCCCUAUCGGUUGACCGGCAUCAUUCGGAGGAGCUGGGCUUGUUCGCUUAUCCGGCUCAGUCAAAUAUGUCUGGGAAACGACUGCCCUUGGGGUGGAGUGGUCGGGUGAGGGAUGCUAAGCAUCUGCAAAAUACGUACACCCUCCUCGAUGCCGCCGCGUUCGCCAUGACCAGUCCCAUGGAACUCGUCUUCCAAGACGUAGCCUACGCACCAGACUUCACCUGCCUCUCCCUCUACAAGAUAUUCGGCUUCCCGGACAUAGGCGCCCUCGUCGUCCGCAGAGACUCGGGACACAUCCUCACCCUGCGAAAAUAUUUCGGCGGCGGCACCGUCACCAACGUCAGCGCCAUCGGCGAGACGUGGUACCGGUCCAAGGGCCUACAAGGCCCGACAUACAAGCUCCACGAGGGGCUCGAAGACGGCACCCUGCCCUUUCACAGCAUUCUUGCACUGGGGGAGGCUAUCGAUGUCCAUGGACAGUUGUACAAGUCUAUGAGCAGAGUCAGUGAGCAUACUUCGUUUCUUGUGUCGAGACUAUAUAGGGGGCUCACAGAGCUGAGUCAUGGGAAUGGGAGGGCGGUGGUGAAGGUGUAUAGCGAGCCCGGGACGGCGUUUGAUGAUCCCAGGACGCAGGGCUCCGUGGUGGCGUUUAAUGUGCUCACGGAGGAUGGAGGGUACGUGCCGUAUACUGAGGUGGAGAGGAGGGCGAAUGACAGGGGAAUUUACAUCAGGUCUGGAGGUGAGUCCAAGUUUUUCCGCUUUGCUUUCUUCCUUUUUUCCCCUUUCUUUUGGGAUGUUGGGGACUGUAAAGGAAAGAAGGGGUGGCUGACUAGUCCUAGCGGUGUGUAACCCCGGCGGUAUAUACUUUGCCCUUGGUUACGAGCCUUGGAUGAUGCAGCGCGCAGUCUCGGUACGUGAUUUAAUUUCGCCUUCUAAUGACAAUCUGGUAUCCUUCCUGAGCCCUCCUUGAUCUUGACCUGCAUGUCCGGGGGGUGGUAACAGCAGUUAGUUUUGCCAUGAUUGGGCUACUCAGGGGC